AUGGCCAUCAUCACUAUGAGUAACCCACAAGAUAGUGAAACCAGCAGCCAAUCCUCCCAAGCAUUGAAGGCCGAUGUGGAAAAAUACCCUGGACACCUUUUGUCUAUGGGACAGGGCAAAGCCAUUCCUCCACCCCUGCCGAAUAGGGAAGACUAUGUCGUCGAUUUCGAUGGCCCGGACGAUCCUCAGCACCCCUUGAAUUGGCCUCUCUUUACCAAAAUACUCAUAUCGACGAUCGCAUGCUUUGGCACAUUUAUCCCAUCAUUCGCCAGUGGAGUCUUUGCACCUGGCUCUGCAGGAGCAGCCAAGUCUUUCGAUGUAGGAUCCGAAGUUGGAAUACUGGGCACGUCGCUUUUCGUGUUAGGUUUCGCAGCCGGUCCUGUCAUCUGGGCCCCCGCUUCGGAGCUGUUUGGAAGACGAUGGCCAUUGACACUAGGCAUACUCGGGGGUGCUGUAUUCACCAUUGCAUCCGCCGUCGCGAAAGACAUCCAAACGCUGAUAAUCUGUCGUUUCUUUGCGGGAAUGUUCGGGGCCAGCCCACUCGCGGUGGUUCCUGCUGUGCUGUCGGACAUUUGGAAUAAUUCGCACCGCGGAGCUGCCAUUUCGCUGUAUGCAAUCCUCGUUUUCUUGGGUCCGUUGAGUGCCCCUUUCAUUGGAGGCUUCAUCGCUUCGAGUUCGCUCGGAUGGCGUUGGACCCUGUAUAUUCCGGCUAUAGUGGGCUUCGCUUGGGGUGGUAUCUGCAUAUUAUUCUUGAAGGAAACAUACGCGUCUUGCCUUCUUGUGUCGAAAGCGGCCACCCUUCGGCAGCAAACGGGCAAUUGGGGCAUUCAUGCAAAGCAGGAGGAGGUCGAGGUGGACAUACGGCAGCUGAUUCAGAAGUACUUUACCCGUCCACUGCGGAUGCUCGCAACUGAGCCCAUUGUUUUGGUUAUUUCCCUUUAUAUGUCCUUCAUUUACGGCAUUGUGUAUGCCCUGCUUGAAGCUUACCCUUAUGUUUUCGAGUCCGUCCAUGGCAUGGGCCCCGGGAUUAAUGGUCUUCCAUUCAUUGGCCUCAUUGUUGGGCAGAUGGCUGCCUGUGGAUUCGUUCUCUCACAGCACUCCGCCUAUGUAAGAAAGUUAGCUGCCAACAACAACGUUCCCAUCCCAGAAUGGCGCUUGAAUUCUGUUGUAGUUGGGGCUCCAGUGUUCACGAUUGGCAUCUUCUGGUUCAGUUGGACUGGCUUUACUGCUAGCAUUCACUGGAUGGCUCCAACUGCAGGAGGAGUACUGAUCGGUUUCGGAAUUCUCUCUAUCUUCCUACCAUGCUUUAACUAUUUAGUGGAUUCAUUUCUCCCCGUGGCUGCUUCGACCGUGGCUGCCAACAUCAUCCUCCGAUCCAGCGUUGCGGCAGGGUUCCCACUUUUCUCGAAGCAGAUGUUCGCGAACCUCGGGGUGCAGUGGGCGGGAACACUGUUGGGGUGCCUGUCGGCGAUCAUGAUUCCCAUUCCGUUCCUAUUUCGAGCAUAUGGACCCAGGUUGAGAGGGGAAGGCAAGCAGACCAGCCGGUGA